UGGUCCUGGUCCUUGUUCUGGUUCUGGUCUUGGUCCUAGUCUUGGUCCUGGUCCUCCCGUCCUCUGCACCCUUCUCCCCCCUCCUUCUCUCUUUUAUUGCCCCUCCCUGUGUGGGAUGGGGCGUCGUCAUGGUGACGGGGUAAACAGACGACAACAAGCUGCAGAGCUGAAGAGAGACGAGACGACGAGAGGACGGAGAGAGAGACAGACGGAGGACAGAGGACAGACAGGUGGCGCCCUCUCGUGGUCGAGGUGUUGAUGACGACAGGAGGUCAGGUGACAUCAUCAGAGUCAGAACCAGGAGCCAAUCACAGCAGAAAACCAAACCCACUGUGAAGCUCAGUGCGGUGCUGGACGUCGCCAUGUUUGUAGUCCUCCUCCUCCUCCUAUUCCAAAUAUGGUCAAAACGUGGAGCUGAGGCGGCUGAGUGACCACACCCACCUGUCAGUCAAAGCGUCCACGCUCUUAACCCUGCAUAACUUUAAGCCUUAAUAUAAUGUGAACAGAUAUUUUCCCGCCAUGGCCGAGAGCGACGACAUGGAGCAGCUCCUGACGUCCUUCAAGAAGUUCGCCGUUCACGGAGACACAAAGGCGACGGGGAAGGAGCUGAAUGGGAAGAACUGGGCCAAACUGUGCAAAGACUGCAAGAUCGUCGACGGGAAGACCAUCACCAGCACCGACGUCGACAUCGUCUUCUCCAAAGUCAAACAGAAGACGUCUCGGGUCAUCACUUAUGAGGAGUUUCGCAGAGCUCUGGAGGAGUUGGCUCCAAAGAGGUUCAAAGGUCAAAGUAAAGACGAGGCACUGAGGUCCAUCUUCAAACUGGUGGAAGGACGAGAGCCGAGCAACGUCGGCGUGACAAAAGUGGCAAAGACGGGGGCGGUGGACCGCCUGACUGACGCUUCCCGUUACACCGGGUCGCACAAGGAGCGCUUCGACGAGAGCGGGAAGGGCAAAGGUCGCGAGGGCCGCGAGGAGCUGGUGGAGAACACGGGCUAUGUGGGAGCGUACAGGAACGCUGGGACAUAUGACAAGACGAAGCCGGAGAAAUGAGAAGGCCGGAAGGACGACUCGUCUACAGGACUACAGAACUUAACCUCGACUGGACCUGAACUUUGACCCCUGAAAGUGUGCAUGUGUGGUGUCCUUAAUGAAUCCAUUCAGACGAGCUUCUCGUAGACAAGGUUCUGGUUCUGUUCUGUUGUCUUUUUUAUCAGCUGUUUAAAAUUUGACUUUAAAAAUGGAGAAAGUCAGAAAUGUUGUUGCUAAUCUAACAGGUGCUAACAUGCUAACAGGUGCUAACAUGCUAACAUGCUUGUGUAGUCAGUUAGCAACUAUUAGCAGUUAGCUGAACUAGCAGUUAGUCUCUUUUCUUGAGAAGUGACGUCACACUGCAUCAUAUCAACAGGAAGUGACGUCACACUGGAUCAUAUCAACA